AUGAGCAGCAAUUCACGUAUUUUUCGAUGUGAAGAAUGUUUUGGUCCUAAUGAGGAUGAUUUUAGGAAAGUGGCUGUGCUCAAAAAAUCUGGUCUUACCAUUUACGUACACAUCAAAGAAAAAGAAACGCAAACAAAUACAGAACGGUUGAAUUGGAGGAAAUAUGCCACAUUCAUAUUGCACAACACAAACAAUAAUGAUUUGAAAAGGCCGAGUUAUAUUGCUGAACUUUGUCAAUAUAAAACUAAAUGCUUGCAUUGCAAGACCCUAAUAGAAAAAGUUCAUGGGCUAUUAGACGAGAUAAAAGCAAUUAGAAAAAAGGAGACGAUCGGUGUCUGUGAAUAUUGUAAACAGUCAAAUACAUUGUCUAAGUGUAAAAGAUGUGAAUUUGUAGUCAAUAAGUUUCUUAGUAAUAAAGUGCAACAACGUGAAGAAAGGCAAGAAAGACUUAGGAUAUGGUUGUAUAAUGUGAAAUUACUUUUGCAGUUCAUUUUAGAAGGAAAAAUUAUCUGUAAACAGUCAUUUUACCAUGAUCCGUAUACAGUAGACGAGCUAAAAGUACUUUUGCAAGAAUUGAAAGUCCCGUUAUCUGUGCGAGAACCACAAAUAGAUUUUUUUCCCACAACAGAUGAUUUAAUGUCUUGUGAAAGCUUGUCUGAAAAUAAAGAUAGGAUCGAAGAACUGUUGCUAAGACUGAAAUAUGAAGGUGCAAAAAAACAUCAUAAUUUAGAUGAAAGUCUAAAUUCAUCUUCUUCUAAUAUUGAGGCCAACUGUUUUUGGAAAGAAUUCAUAGAAAAAUCCUUGGAAAAUAAAAAUGCAUUGCCAAAAUCUCCAAAUCUAAAAGUGGAUAAAAAAUGGUCCACAGAGAAGAAAUACGUUCUGAAACAGGAUGAAAAAAUGUUGAUAAAUGAUUCUGAGAAAAAUAAAUAUAAAUACGUUCUGAAACAGGAUGAAAAAAUGGUGAUAAAUGAUUCUGAGAAAAAUAAAUAUCCAUCCUUAUUACCUGUUGAUACAAAAAAAAUGUCCGAAAGUGGUGAAAAAGUGUCGAAAAAUAAAAUAAAUUCUAGUAAAAAAAAAGUCAAUAAAGAGAAAUCGCAAGAUGAUAUGAUACCAAACUUAGUUAAUGAGAAGGAAAAAUUCACAAAACAAGAGAAACCAAAACAUUCUAUAGAUUUAAUACAAAAAAGUAUAAGAGAAAGACAAAAAAUGAAAAAGUUGAAGAAUAAAGAACAAAGAGUUACAGAAAAAGUAAUGUUGGUAAAACUAACGAAACCUCCUAUAGAUAAAAAGUUGUUAAACUUUAAGCAUCAUAGAGAAGAAAUAGUAGAUACGUCUAAAAGUUCAUUAGAUUGUGGAAAUGAGAGUCAACCGCCAAAAGAAAUGAUUAAAGGAACGUCAAUUGUUCCUUUAGAUAACUUUUGGAAUAAAGAAUAUAUUGAUACUAAAAUGCCACUUCUGUACAAAGUAAAAACAACAUUGCCUACUCCUGGUGAUGAACUUGUAAUAUCUAGUAAUCAUGCUUCUUCUAUUUUAGAUACAGCAAAAAAUACUAAAAUUGAAUUUAGUAAUAAGGACUGGUUGGGGAAAGGUAUUAUACGAUAUAAGUUAUCCAAUCGAGAGUUCAUUGAUAAAGGUUGGACAAAGUUACCAAGUACAAAAAUUAUGAGAAGGAUGAAUAUUUAUAAAAUGAUGCCUGCAAAUCCCAAAUAUGAUUGGUUCGAGCGACACAGAAAUAUGAAAAAUAAGUUUUACGAUACUGGUGAAAAACUAGCAGAAAUCGAUAGCAAUGGUCGGGGUAAAUGGUUUUAUAAAAAUGGUAACAUAGCACUGGAUUAUUUUAGUACUGACGAACAAAAUUGCGGAAAUAGAUACAUUAUUUUUAGCUCUGGAGAAAAAGACGAAAAUGGAUUUUCAAGGCCUACGACUGUACUUGGAACUUUUGAUUAUCUGGGAAAUGGAGUCGUGUAUGAUGUUAUCGGAAAUCAAAGGUUGAAAUAUAAUCAAUCUGAAGGUAUAAUAAUAGAUCAGAAGAUUGGGCCUCCAAGCCGCUGGAAAUGGCACGAUCUGAACGAGCCACCAAUUUUACAGCCAGUCUUCGUAGACAAAUACGACAAGAGUCUCAACACUUGUUUAGAUGAGUUUAAAUUAAGUCAAAGUGAUAAUAGAUCAGACUCUAGUAAGUGUUCUAGAGAGACAAAUAUAGAAAUGCUUCAUAUAGAACUUGAAAACUUUUUAAAGGAAAAAGCUCAUAAACUAUUACAGAAAUUCAAGCCAUUUCAAAUAAAGAUGAAGGCUUUAAAAUUGAACAAACAGUUUUCUUUAAGAAUAAUGGAUCAGGCAAAUAUUUAUCUAUUAUUUAGAGAUGGUAGAACUUCAUUAAAACUUAAUUUAGGCUUGCACUUAAUUAGUAAUGAAAUUGUGGAUACUGAAACUGCUGAAGUAUUUCAAGUAGCAACACGGUAUGAUAUUCACCCUCCUAGAAGUCAAAGCAUUGCUGAUGUACAGAAUUAUAUAAGGAAGGUGAAAACUAUUGGUAAAGUUGAAAUGGGAUCUGAUGAAUCAAAAACAUGA